AUAUCCACGUGUCCGAUGACGUCAGCUUACUGUGGUCCCCUCACCGAACCCUUUAAAACUCUCCGUUCAGCCCUAUGCGCCAAAAACACACACCUCUCUCUCUCUCUAUAUAUAUAUCUCUCUCUCUCUCACACAUCUCUCUCUAACUCUCUCUCUCUCUAUAUCGAUCGAUCAAGCACUCGCACCGUCAAUCGGAACUCAGAAAGUCAUCUGAUGAUGGGAAGUGGUAGAACAAAAGAAAAUGGCAAGGCGCCUGCAUAUGCUAGUAGCAUUUCUCCAAACACGCAUCCACCUAGCAGUAUGACUCUUCUUGACGGAAAUGUUAAUGAAGAAAAUUUCGAUUCCAUUCUAGAUAUGCCUUUCUCUAUUGCUGGUUGGGAGGAUAUUCAUCGGGCUGUUGCACAAGGACCCCCUGAAACUAUCAGAAACCCUAGGGCUUACUCAACGGACCUUAAUAGCUUUCAGAAUCCCCAAAUUAACCCAAGUUCCAAUAGUUCUAAUACAAAUCUUCAAGCUGUUCCAUUAUUGCCCGAAUGGAACAUGGGAUGGGGUCAACAAUAUAUGAAUCAAGGGAAUAAUGGAGAAUCGAGUUUCGGAUCUUUUAAUAGACCACAGGUAAAUAGAGAUGUUACCGGUUCAUCUUCUGUAUAUUUCCCUAUAGACACUGCACCAGUGCAUACUCGAAACAAUGUCAAUUUGAAUACCAAUCAAAGUGGGUUUCAAGGGAAAUUUGAGGGCAGUUUUUUGAGUCUUGGACUUGGAGGUACCUCGGAUACCGUGUCUAGCUCGCAACUGGAUAGCAGAGAGAUAUCUAAUAAGCUUAAAGAAGCAGCUUCAAAUGAGUUAAAGAUAGCUCGUAUGGGUUCCCAGAUUAACUAUAGUGGCUUUUCUAAUCAGUAUAGUCAUGUCGGUCGAAUGUCCCCAACCAUCAAUGAGUUUGGAUCCCCUUCAACUGAGUUAAAGAUGGUUAAUGCUCGAAAAGCUACAGGUCAAACUGUAGAUGCUGACUUUAUGGCUUUUCAAAGAAACAAUAGUGGUUUCCCUAAUCAGUUUAGUAAUGUGGAUCGAAUGCCCUCAAUUAACUAUGAGGCUGGACUUCAUAGUACGUUAAAUAGUGGGCUGGGUUCUAGCAGGCAAAGUAUUUUACACAUGCAACAACAUGAUAACAGGAAUAUAAGGUCUGGUGAUAUGGAUCGUUAUAAAGGCAAUCAGCCUGUGCAUCCCACAACUCUUGGUGGGAAUUCUGCUCACUUUAAUUCCCGACAACAUAACUUGAAACCCGAGUCUGUUAAACCUUCAUGGAUGACCUCUAAUCAUACACCUGAGCAGCUACAAUAUGUUCGUUCUACAACUGCCAACAUCCCAAAUUUUGCAGGUAAGCAAGGACAAGCUAUAUCACAAAAUGCUACGCCCAAUCAAGUUCUUGGGGGUAAUCAGUAUUCUCAGAGGACAAAAACCCCUCAGGUAUCUUGGGUAGGCUGUGGUCCAGCUGGCCUCAAUGCACCGUUUCCCAAAAGGCUGGGAGUUGAGUCCAGUGUAAGAAGUAGCCCUCGAAGUUCUCAGGGACAUCUAUCCCCCAUGGGAACAAGCUUGCAGACAACUAAUCCAGGUCAGAACUGUCAAUUUUCAGAUAAAGGAUCCACCCAGAUGCCACAUAAUGUUCUUAGGCCUAUUGGUCGAAGUGAUGGUGCUCCUGUUACUUACCCCAUGAGUUUUCAAGAACCAUUUUUUGCAUACGGCCAAACUGAAAAUGCACUGAUUCAGCGUCCCAAAGGUACACAAGGAGCACCUUCCGGUUCUACCAAUGAUUUAAGUGUGGAUAGUCAACCCCAAAAGUUUGACUUUCGUGUUAGGUCACAUCAUAAGAGAACUGCAGUUGCACCCCAAUCAGCUUCCCAUUGGGUUAAACGCCAGAAGAUGAUUCAUCCAACAGUUCAUCAUUCUAUGCCAAAACCACCUGUGCCUGUAACUUCUCCUCUUGUUCAUCCUUCUAUACCAGUCAGGUCACGGACUCAAUACGCGGGCCCCGUUGCUGCUCGUGUUCCUCCUGUUAUACCGUGUGUAUCAAAUGCUAAAGCGCGUGUUCCUGUAGCAAGUGCCCCUGCUGUUUCUUAUAUUAAAUGGAAAGAUCCCAAUGCAACUUCUAAACCGAGUGGACACAAGUGCUUUUUAUGCAAGAGGGACGUUGCUUUCACAUCAGAAGGCGACGUAUUCCAACCUGCGGUGCCACCACCCGUUGCAGUUCUACCAUGUGGGCAUACAUUUCAUGAUCAAUGCUUACAAAACAUCACUCCUGAUGACCAAGCUAAAGAUCCGCCUUGCAUUCCUUGCGCCCUCGGUGAAAAUUAGGUCGCAUUCUUACCCAAAUUUUACAUGGGUUAUAUUAUGGUCAUAUAGAUAUAAUAUUUAAGGGACAGUUUUUUUGGUGGGUGAUAAGAGGGAAGUAAAUGUAUUAUUAUGUAUAUACAUACAGAGAAGCGAUAUUUAAUAUUAAGCCAGAUGGGAUUGUGCUAAUGCACCAUUAAGUAUUAAUAACUAUGCUAUAUUGGAUGUUUGUGGCUUUAGAAUUUUGAUAUUACUUAGUUGAAAUGUUUAGUUAACUGAUUU